CCCUGCCUUGUUCCCCAAAGGAAAUGAGGCGGCUCACAAAAUCCAGAAGCCUGAAAAGUUACAAAGUGGGGAAAUCAGGUAAAGGGAAAUAUCAUGGCAGGAAAUGAAGAUGAAGCCAGGAGUGCCCCCUCGCUGGGCUUGAAGACCUGGAACAACUGCCAGAGAUACCCACAAGUUUGGCUCUGAGCUCCCUAGUGGCUGAGAAGAGUGAAAGCAGAUCCAGGUCCCUAAUCCAAUGUGGGAGAAUGAAAACACACCCAAUGCUCUGGAGAAACACUCUCUGGUGGCCAUCACCUUCUCCCUGGAGGAUGCACGCCCUCCCCACUUCAAGGUUUAGCUCCUCUUCACUCCUCUACUUCCCCCAGGAUGGGGAGUGGAUGUUUGUGCUCUUACAGUUCCUGGAUCCCAUGUGUUCUAGAACCUUCCCUCCUAAGGUAGGACUUUUUAAUUUUUUUAUUUUUUAAAUCCAUCUCAGCAUCCUGGCAAACAGUAAGUGAAAACUUUGGUCAAUGCAGAAACAGAGCAGUGUGUCCAUUUCACCAAAUACCUGAGCAUUUGAUCAGAGAUGUGGGAGUCCCCUCUAUGUGGAGGAGGCAGGCAGAGGCAGAGGAGAGGGGAGCUGGGCAAAUCAAGGCCUUCCAAGCCUGAUGGGGAAGAAUCUUCUCACCAGCUCCAGGGAGAGUGGCUUGGCGCUUUGAGAGAGUUACAGGUGGAGUCUCAGGCAGAAAACCUGGCCUUAGCAGUGACAGAGGUGGGGUCCACCAAUUUCUGGAUCUUUCAGCCUUGUUGGGACAAGCAUUUGGGGCUAAGCUGCUGUAAACCGGUGUGUACUAGGCUCAGCACCCCCUGUCCUGCCCUCCCUCGAUGACUGUCAUUUGACAUAUUGUUUAGUGCUGCCCAUGUUCCCCUGUGGGCAGAGGAAGGUGGGAGGGCUCCUCGGAGGAGACCAUAAAGCUGUGGGUCAGGGGCUACCCACUGCCCCCAACUUUGGAGAAUCCCCUCUCCGGCCUCAGUUUUCUCCUUUCAAAUGGAGAUACCAGGUUGAGGCUAUAGAUUCAAGGAUCACGCAUGGAAUUGCUUAGUAAAGGACCCCGCAUGUAGUAGGCUCUCAAGAAAUGGUGUCUGGUUUUGAUGGAUGCGGAGCAGAGAGCCAACGCAGUGCGGCGACUCGCCCAAGGUCACACCGCUGGGGACGGAUCCGACCCCGGGCGGCCUGAGUCUAGCGGGCCGGGGUUUGUCUGGAGUCAGCCUCGGAGAGCGCUGUUUGGAGGAGCGGACGUGGGCGGGAAGGGCUUCUAUUUUGGAGCGGGUUGAGAGAAUCGCGAUCCGCGGAAGGAGCUAGGUCCCUUCACGGGCUCCCUGCACCCCAAUCACCUUCCUGCGACCCUUCCCGGGAGGGGCGUCCCGGGCGAGUAGGGGGAGGUGGGAGGGGCGGCGGGCGGUUACCUCAUCGCCACCUCCGGAGGCUCUGCUCGUUCGCUCGCGCCGCCGGCUGGUGCGGCGACUCCGGGCGCCGGAGCGAGAGAAGGACGGAGGGACUGAGGCGCCGAGGGCAGCGCUGUCCCCCGAGCCCGGCUCUGCUGCGGGACCCUCGCGGCGAGGAGGUCGGACCUUGGUGCUCCGCGCUGCCGGCGGCGCCUCCGGUAGCGUUGCGGAGCGGAGGCGGUGUCUGCGCGCGGCGCGCCGGCUCUGUUCUCUCGGUGCUUCUUCUGCACCCGCCGGAGCUACUCGUUUGUCCGCCGUCGGCCUUCUCGGCUGUCUGUGUGCCCUCCCACUGCCUGCUCUGUCCUCGCCUGGCUUCUCCGGGCCUCAGUGUUACCGGUAGCGAUGAGGAGCGCGGCGGGGCCGGGACGCACCGGGCAGGGCGCGCGGGGCGCACGGCCCGGCGCCGGCGCAUGAGAUUUUCCAGCACGGGGCGCGGCAGUGCGCGCCGGCCAUGGGGGGCAGCCUGCGGGUGGCCGUACUGGGCGCCCCGGGCGUGGGCAAGACGGCUAUCAUCCGCCAGUUUCUGUUCGGUGACUACCCCGAGCGCCACCAGCCCACUAACGGACCGCGCCUCUACCGUCCCGCAGUGCUGCUCGACGGCGCUGUCUACGACCUGAGCAUCCGCGACGGCGACGCCGCUGGCCCGGGUCACAACCCCGAGAGUCUAGAGGAGUGGCUGGACCCUAAGGACUGGAGCUUGCAAGACACGGACGCCUUCGUGCUAGUUUAUGACAUCUGCAGCCCAGACAGCUUCGACUAUGUGAAGUCACUGAGGCAGCGCAUAGCGGAGACCAGGCCAGCGGGCGCACCCGAGGCGCCCAUCCUCGUGGUAGGCAACAAGCGGGACCGGCAGCGGCUGCGCUUCGGGCCUCGGCGCGCACUGGCCACCCUCGUACGCAGGGGCUGGCGCUGCGGCUACCUCGAGUGCUCUGCUAAGUACAAUUGGCACGUGCUGCGUCUCUUCCGGGAGCUGCUGCGCUGCGCUCUGGUGCGUGCCCGCCCUGCGCACCCAGCCCUGCGGCUGCAAGGGGCAUUACAUCCGGCGCGCUGCAGCCUCAUGUGACCUAAUUCCAUCACGAAGCCCAUGGGGGAGCUGGACAGUUUGAGUGCAACCACCAAGGACCUGGAUUGGACAGAAGUAUCCUCCCUGAUUGGAUAAGUAAAGCUCCUACCCAGUCUCCUGGGCGACAGGCCUCUCUUUGAAUCUCAUUGGACCCAGCCAGGCCCAAGACUUUUUGUAUAACAUCAGUCUUUUCUGGGACCUCAUUGGGUCACAAUCCUAUUGGAUGGAAUGGACUUGACUAUGACUCUGAUUGUAAACUCUUCGACUGCUCCUGGAGCCUCAUUGGACAAAUUGUUAAGUCACACCUCUCCCGAGCUAAUAAAGGGGGAAUGUUUCCAGUGCAUCUGGCAUUUCUGGGACGGACAGGGUAGUCUUAAUUGUGGAGAUGAGAGCUGCCAGGCAGUUAAUUCCAGA